GGGUACUAUUUUAAAUGGCCAAGUUUUACACUUUCUUCUUCACGGCUUCACAUUAGAGACAACAAAAAAAAAUGGCAGGAGUGGUAGAUUUAGUCUCGUCGAGCAUUGUACAACCCGUAAACAGCAACCAAGCGGGUCGAACUAAGAUCCAUCUUACCCCAUUUGAUCUGAGUCUUCUCUCAUUCAAUCGUCCUCAAAGAGGUCUUCUCUUUCCCAAACCAGAUCCCAGUUUCCAUCUCAUCUGUCGGCUAAAGACCUCUCUCUCUCUUGCCUUAGAUAUCUACUUCCCUUUGGCGGGUCGACUCGUCAAAACGAAGAAUCUUGAAGACAGUACGGUGUCGUUUUACGUAGACUGUGAUGACUCCGGCGCUAGAUUUCUCCAUGCAGAAACUAAAUCUGUCUCGGUGAGUGAUAUUCUCCAGCCUGAUGGUUCUGUUCCUUGUUUCCUAAAGCAUUUCUUUCCCGGAAACGGUUUAAGAAACUGUGAUGGCGCCCUGGAGCCCUUGCUUGUUGUACAAGUCACCGAGAUGAAGGAUGGAGUAUUCAUCUGUUACUGUUACAACCACUUGGUGGCGGACGGAGUCUCUAUGUGGGAUUUUUUCAAUACUUGGUGCAAGAUUUGCUCGAGUGGUGGUUCAAGUUUCAACCAUAAGCCUCUUGUUCUCAAAGGAUGGUUCCUCGAGGGGAUAGAUUACCCGAUCCAUAUUCCUGUAUCAGAGACGGAGAGGCCACCACCGAGCCGUGAAUCUUCUUCGGUGCACACUGUGAAACAUUGGACGUUACACUUCACAAAGAAGAAUAUUUUAGAUCUCAAAGCUAAAGCCAACAGCGAGGUUGCCUCUAAUGACCAGGGGAUUUCAUCUCUUCAAGCUGUUUCUACACAUAUGUGGCGAUUAAUCAUCGGUCACAGAGGUCUUAGCCAAGAAGGAGAGACACAGUGCAUACUAGCGGUGGACUUGAGGCAGAGGAUAGAUCCUCCGCUUGAGAAAGAUUGUUUUGGGAAUAUGGUCUCUCUUGCAUCAGCCGUAACCACCGUGGAAGAGCUGAUGGAUCGUAGCUUGGGUUUGGCUGCUCUACAACUAAGAAAAUUAGUGAGCUCCCAAAAUAAUGAAAAGUGUAAAUUUUUUGCAGAGGAGUGGGUUAGAAAUGUUAAGAACCUAAAGUUAGGCAUUGGCAGUAAAGUAGUUGGUGAUACUAUAGUUAUCGCAAGCUCUCCGCGGUUCGAAGUGUACAACAAAGAUUUUGGUUGGGGUAAACCUAUUGCAACUCGAUCUGGACCGUCUUGUAGUUUCGAUGGCAAGCUUACACUUUUUCCAGGAAUCAACGAAGGAAGUAUUGAUGUUCACGCUACCCUACGGUCUGAUGUACUUGUAAACCUACUAGCUGAUGAUGUAUUUUUAGAGCAUACAACUACUGCAUGACUGAUCGAUUUAGGGCAUACUCUUUGGUCUUCAAAUAUUUGUCUUUUUGAGUGUAUACUAUAAUGUACACAUAUGAACCCCAUCUUUAUUCUAAGUCCCAUGACUUUAAUUAAUUUUAAGGUAAGUUAAUACUAAAA